UCAACAACAGCUGGCGAAACGACUCACGAUCAGUUGAUUCGAUUCCGACGAGUCACCGAGGUCACUGAAAUGCCGCCAGUCGAAAUGCGGUUGAAAAGAGGGUCGAAAAGCGGCCGGUGUGUGCUACUCCGGGCCGUCUUCGCUACGCCGAGACGCUGUGGAGCGCUCCACAGGGUGAUGACGUGCCAUUAAGAGAACGGCUACUUGUCAAUAUUGCUCGAUUAGGCUGAAACACUGAAACAGCGAAAAUGUCGAGUCCUCAGCAAAAAAAGAAGCAUCUGUACGUCAGUACCGACAAGCACCGGUGGUGGAAAGAGGCGGUGGUUUAUCAGGUAUACCCUGCGUCGUUCAAGGACACCAAUGGUGAUGGCUGGGGAGAUGUGCCCGGUAUUACAGAAAAACUCGACUACCUGAAAGACUUGGGUGUCGAUGUUAUCUGGGUCUCGCCAAUUUACAAGAGCCCGCAGGCUGACAUGGGCUACGACAUUGCCGAUUACGAAGACAUUGACCCAAGCUACGGAACGUUGCAAGAUGUCGACAACCUGAUCAAAGAGAUCAAGAAGCGUGACAUGAAGCUCGUCAUGGACCUCGUUGUGAACCACACAUCUGAGGAGCACGCCUGGUUCCUCGACUCGCGAUCUUCCAAGGAAUCGUCAAAGCGAGACUGGUAUAUCUGGAAGCCCGCGAAGUACGACGCAGAUGGAAACCGUCAGCCACCGAACAACUGGGCCCAAAUUCUUGGCGAGGCCAACUCUGCAUGGACAUGGGACGAGAAGACCCAGGAAUACUACCUUUCGCUCUUCACGCCUGAGCAACCAGACCUGAACUGGGAGAAUCCUGCAGUACGAGAGGCUGUUCACGAUGUGCUUCGCUUCUGGCUGGAUCGCGGUGUUUCUGGCUUCCGCAUGGAUGUGAUCAACCUGAUCUCGAAAGUGCAAUCUUUCGGCGAUGCUGAAAUCAAGGUCGAGGACAAUAAGUAUCAGCCAGGCGACAAGUUUUAUGCCAACGGGCCCCGGUUGCACGAGUUUCUCAAGGAGAUCAACCGCAAGGUUUUGUCGAAGUACGACACCCUUACAGUCGGUGAGAUGCCGUUCGUCCGAGAUGAAGACGAGAUCAUUCGUGUUGUCGGUGCUGAGAACGAGGAACUCAACAUGAUCUUCGCUUUCGACAUCGUGGAUAUCGACAACGUGCCCGGCGACUUCAAGUACACGCUUCACCCUUGGGAUGCGCGCGAUCUCAAAGAGAUCAUCAAUCGUUUGCAACGCCUCAUGCUGGAGCGAGACGGGUGGAAUUCGAUCUUCAUUGAGAAUCACGACCAGCCUCGCAGCGUCAGCAGGUAUACAGACGACAGCGACGAGUUCCGUGAGUAUGGCGCCAGGUUGUUGUGUUUGAUGCAGACUACCCUCGCUGGCACCAUGUACGUCUACCAAGGUGAAGAGAUCGGCAUGCGCAACGUUCCUCCAAGCUGGGAGCCGUCCGAGUACAAGGAUAUCGAGAGUGUCAACUUCUUCAAGAAGUAUCAGGACAUGUAUUCCGGCAAUGAAGAGAAGCAAGCUCUAGCACGCAAGAUUAUGCAGAAGAAAUCACGCGACAACGCACGUACACCCGUCCAAUGGACCGCCGAACCCCAUGCUGGGUUCACAUCAGCCAAUGCCAAACCCUGGAUGCGCGUAAAUGAUGACUACAAAACCGUCAAUGCCAAGGCACAGCUGGACAAUGCCAAUCCCUCACCAGGCUACCUAUCCGUUCACGCCUUCUGGAAGCGCGGUCUCGAAUAUCGAAAGGAAAACAAAGACGUCUUCGUGUACGGUGAUUUCGAGGUGCUGGAUCUGGAAGACAAGAAGGUCGUUGCGUACAAGCGCUGGAGUGAGAAGAACGCUUUUGUCACGGUGCUUAACUUCAGCGGCGAGAAUGUUGCUUGGGACAAACUGGGUGAUCUCAAGGUCAAGAAGUGGGUUGCUGGUAAUUAUGAUGAGACGGAGAUCGAUAGCAAGGCGAAGAGUGGAACGCUUGACUUGAGGCCUUGGGAGGCGCUUCUGGGUUUGGUAGAGUAAGCUGCCUCUGACGUUAUA